AUGGCCACCGUGCAACAACUAGUGAAAUUUCGAAGUUGUAGCACACCUAAGCCCCUCCCCAUGAAAACUAAUGAUUGUAGCAUGGGUAUGAAUAAGAAUAUGUUACAACUUACUAUGGACCAACCUCAACAACUUACUAUGGAUCAAAAUCAACAUGUUGCUAUGGACCAACCUCAACAACUUACUAUGGAUCAAAAUCAACAUGUUACUAUGGACCAACCUCAACAACUAACUAUGGACCAACCUCAACAACUUACUAUGGAUCAAAAUCAACAUGUUACUAUGGACCAACCUCAACAACUUACUAAAGAUUUUUGGAGACAUGCCAAUAUUUGUAAUCCUAAAUCCUCCGCCUACCAUAGAAUCUAUCAUCAAAGGGCAAGUGCUGCUUUACUACCUGUUUCCAAAAAUACCACUCUUCACUUUAGAGAGAAGAUUUUAGAUAAACUCUCUCUUGAUGAGAUUAGUCUUGCAGCUAGAAACGAUGCUACAAUUGAUGCUUAUGGUAUCAAACUAUUUAGAAAAUGUGCCCAAAAUAAACAACAAUUCCAAUAUGUCAAAGAUGUUUAUAUACAGUAUUUAAAACCUAUUUAG